GAAACCACGUGGGCACCACCUGAUAAACAUGUCAACAUGUUUGUCCUUGGGUCCCUGGCCAGGUAUAGUAAUUACCAGCGGCGUCAGGUCGGUUGCCGGGUGCUGGCGAAGUUGUUCUCGAAGGAAUCAGUUUCACCUUCGACGAUUAGCCUGAGCAGAAAUAAAAUGACGAGCGUUCAAGUCGCCAAACCCGUGCUCUACUCGUACUGGAGAAGCUCCUGCUCCUGGAGGGUGCGAAUCGCACUUAAUCUGAAGGAAAUCAGCUAUGACAUAAAGACGGUCAGUCUGAUCAAAAACGGAGGCGAGCAACACUCUGACGAAUAUCGAGAAAUUAACCCUAUGGAACAACUACCAGCCCUUGUCAUAAAUGACAACACCUAUAUUGAUUCCUUGGCCAUAAUGCAGUAUUUGGAAGAAAACUACCUUGAUCAUCCACUGCUGCCUGCUGAUGUGCACAGCAAGACCAAAGUGAGAGAAAUCUGCCAGCUGAUUGCUUCAGGAAUUCAACCCUUGCAGAAUCUGGCAGUCCUUAUCUACGUGGGUGACGAGAAGAAGAAAGAGUGGGCCUGUCACUGGAUGACAAGGGGGUUCAGAGCUGUUGAAAAAAUGCUGUCCGCAACUGCUGGGAAAUAUUGUGUCGGAGACGAAAUCACCAUGGCCGACUGCUGUCUCGUUCCCCAAGUAUUCAAUGCUCGAAGGUUCCAAGUGGACCUGAGACCGUUUCCGAACGUCGUUCGCAUUGACCGAGAACUGGAGAGCCACCCUGCAUUUAUUGGAGCUCACCCCAAUAAUCAACCUGACUGUCCUCCUGAGGCGCCUAAAUAAUUGUAAAUAUCAGUUUUUUUCCAAAAAAUAACACUGAUGGAUGACGGAAGGGGAUUUAAAAAAAAUACAAGGAUUUUUGGGCUAAUCAAAAAUUAUUUAUAAAAGUGUAACAAGUAUAAAUGGGAAUUUGCUCAAUUAGAGUAUAAUUAUUUCAUUAAAAGACUUCAUCUUGCCGAUAUUAUUUAAUUAAAUUUACAAAAUUUUAAAAUCAUUAUUUUUUGUAAGCAUUAAAUUGUUGGCUAUUCCAUUACAGUCAGGGCCAUCUGCCAGUGAAUAUAUUAACUCAUUUUGUCAACUUGCUAAGUUGAUUAAUUGAUAACUGUAUCUCAAAGCUGCAUUGAUUGAUUUUAAGAAUUGGUAGCUCCAUCGAAAAACAAUUUUAUUUUCUUAUGUCUGUGCCAAAUCAAUCGAUCAAGCCGCUUCUCUACUCGAACUGGAAGAGUUCGUCCUCAUGGAGAGUUCGUAUUGGUAUUUUUACAAUUUGUAUAUUCAUGUGACAUGGAAUUAAAAUGUGUUGAUUAGCACUCAAUUUCAAGAACAUUGACCAUGAUUUGAAAACUCUAAAAUUAGCUGCUG